GAUGAUCAAUCAGGCCCAACCAAAACGGACGGACGGACAGUACUAGCGUGAACACGAAUCCUAAAGUCUCUCGCCUUCUUUACCCAUCGGCUUCAUCAUAGCUGGGGUUGUGAGGCUUGCGAGGCAUGCGGAAGCAGUCGAAAGUGAUGCUGAAGAGAAAACCCUAACCGAGGCGGAAAGAGAGGAUUCGACCGUCGGCACCACGGAUGAUGGCUUCGGUGAUCACGGCUUCUUCCGGUUCGAUGUACCUGGUCACAAGUAAAAUAAUAACUCACUGUAGCUGUAGAACCUUUGACCAUCAUGGCUUCUAUCCUUCUUCAAAAUACCACUUAAAACGGCAACCUAUAAGACAUUCAAUAAUGAAAUUGCAAGCUGCUGGAAAGUUUGCUCAACCAAACAAAGCUACUAGUUAUUUCAAAGAUUUGGCAGAUAGGAUAUGGGAGGCCUCUCCUAAAUCGCUCAAAGAGUUUCCUUGGGAGGAAGCUAAAGAUAUGGUUCUUCGCCAAUUGUUCUUUCUUGGAAAAAAGGCUCUCACGUGGUCCUUCAUUGGGCUGUAUGCUAUAAGCUUUUUAUCGGACAUAUCUCUUGCUAUCUCAAGAGAUAGAGAACUUCUUGUACCAAUUGGCCUGUUUGUUGGUGUAGCAUUGGCAGAUUUCAUAAAGGAAUCCUUGCAAGAGUUUUUGAAAAGUCGCAUAGAGGAUGGAGACCCUAAUACAAAUCUUCUGGGCAUUGGAUCAUUUUUUGUGUUUGUUAAGUUUGUUUCUUUGUGCUUCAAACUGCAAGGUAAGGUGCUUCUUUCGCAUAUUGGCAAUGGUGGACUGAUGCAAGUUCUGUGGUUGGUGAGAAAGUUGCAGCAGACAGAUGAUAUCAAGAAUCAGAAUGCGCCGUCGGUCAACGGUCCCAGUCCUACCAGUUUAAUUAAUAAUACCUACAAGCCUGUUCUUUGAGAAAAAUGCUCGCUUGAGUUUGACAACAAGAACAAGAUUGUUGUUCUUUGUUAUGUGAUUUAUGGAUUGAGGAGGUUAUUGUACUCAACAUACGAUAGUGUGGCUCAGAGAAAUCAAUCAACUUUUUACCUAGUUCUGCA